AGUUCGCCUAUACCUAUAGCAUCUAAAAGAAGAAUGCCGCUAAGAGUAGCAAGCUUUAGUAUAUUAUAUUUAGAUUUCUUCUUUGCUAUUAGUAAUAAUAGGUUUACUAGUAGACUAAGUAAUAGUAGUAAUAUAGGCCCUAUUAAAACAGGCACUGCCUUCCCUAAGCUAUUAUUAUUAUUAUUAUUAUUAUUAUUAUCUCUAAGUUUAAAUAUAUUAUUAUUAAUUAAUAAAUCCUUAGGGAAUGCCAGGUUAUAA